CGAAAACCGAUCGCCAGAGAAACUACAUCAAAUCUGAAAACUAGCCCAACAAUGCUGCGACAAAUAACAUUCUUCAAUCGACUGUCAAUUGGAAGUCGUGCUCUUUUGUAUUAUCGCAAUGUCUGAGCUGAGGAAUUUCGACCGCCUGUUUCGUCUCGAUGGCAAGGUAGCCCUCAUAACCGGAGGCUCAAGAGGACUUGGUCUUCAUACUGCGACCGCUUUUCUGCUCGCUGGCGCGAAGAAGGUCAUCAUCACUGCGCGGAAACGUGAGGGCGAGCAGGGCAUAGACCAAGCUGUCGAAAAACUCAACAAGCUUCCGGUGUCCGGCAAGGCCGUCGGCAUCGCAGCAAAUGUUGCUGAGACGGAACAGAUACAGGCGCUUGUCGAUGAACUGAAGAAGACGGAGGACAGGAUUGACAUCUUGGUCGCCAAUGCUGGUGCAACGUGGGGGGGUCCAUUCGAGCCGACCCCGGAUUGGGCGACAAAGAAGGUGCUCGACUUGAAUGUCAGAGGCGUCUUCAACCUCGUGAGAUUGCUGCUGCCGCUGCUCAAGGCUGGAGCCACACCCGCAGACCCGUCAAGAAUCAUUAUCGUCAGCUCGACCGCCGGCACCAACGUACAGCAUGUGGGAGAUCAUGGCACAAUCAUGUAUUCAGUCUCAAAGGCAGCAGCACAUCACCUGACGAGGAACUUGGCAAUAGAACUGGGUCCAAGCAACAUCACUUGCAAUACCGUGGCACCUGGAUUCUUCCCGUCAAAACUUGCAAAUGGCCUAAUCGAAAUUUUAGGUGGUCAAAAGCAGCUUGAGCACGAGAAUCCUCGACGGAGGCUCGGCGAGCCAGAAGAUAUCGCCGGUGUCAUGGUCUAUCUGGCUUCGCCGGCCGCAGCAUAUGUCAACGGUGAGGACAUUGCCGUGGACGGUGGUCUCCGCUGGGGAGCCGGACGUCACUCAAAAAUUUAAAUUUGGCAGCUAUGUAUACCGGAGACCACGCGGUCUACGAGGAAGGUCUCCAGAUUCCAACAGUGAAAUGGAAGACCACCAAGGCAGGCGUUGGUGCUGUUGUUUGUAGACUAUCUAUGCUGCUGCAUAUACUCGGCGCUCGAAAUGAUUCAAUCCAGUCAAUUUUUUCAACACACA